GAGAAGUCGCAAAGCGAAGAUGUCUUACAUUUAAAGACACACCUCCUCGCCUCGCCUCGCCUGCCCUGCAGUGGGAGGAAAUCGGGUAGAAGCGGCGUGCCUACUCUCGCUGCCAUUUCAUCUGCUCUGUCUCUGGAUUCCUUCUACUCAUCUCCAUUAUUUUACUCACUGUUGUCUCCCCGGUUUUGUCCACGGUCUGUAGAUCUCCUCGAAGCUCCGUCUCCCCUUCCUCUUCCAGUACCGCUACCCUCCUCCCUUUAAAUAAGCUUCUUUCGCUUACUCCCUCCGUAUCCCACUUCCAAAUCUCCUUAGCUAAUGCCCACCUGAUAUAUACAAAGGAAGCGCCCGUACGUCUAAUUCCUCAUAUAAUUCGAUCCUCUUUUUUUUUUUCUUUCCAUUUGUAACCAUGGCGCGGAAACCGCAAAUGCUCAAGGAUUUCCUGGAGCUGGAUUGGGAGUCCGAGUCCUGCAGCGCCGAGCCCGACGCCAUCGACACCGUGCGGCGUCUUAUCGACUCUGAACUCGGGCGAGGAAGAAGGCGGCUGUCGAGGAAGCUCUCAGCCAGCGCCCUAACGAGGAUCUCCUCCGUCGUCAAAAUGCUGCCUUUCUCUAACACCGCGGGCUCCUCGGCCUCCAGCGCCGGGCUCCUCUCCAGGAGUUUCUCGAAGCGUAUGAAGAUCCACUUCUGGAGGAAGCGAGGGAAGUCAGAAGCGGAGUCGGAGGACAUCGACGACGAAGUGCUGCAGUCUUGCUGCUUAGCAUAUCCGGCAGUUAGCAGUUGCAGCAGCUGGUCUGUCAUGACCGACUCCGACAGGGACUUCCUCUCCGACGAAAUCAAGAACGGGUCCCCACGAGCGAGUCCUUGCCACAGCCCGCCCAUGGCAGGGGCCGCAAAGGCGGACGUGGACGGAGAGCGCAAAGAGCCACCGGAAUGCCACAGCUCGUCGGAGGAGGAAAAGGAGCAACUGAGCCCAUUGUCCGUGAUGGAAUUCCCCUCCGAAGGAGAAGAAGAGGAGGAUCAAGCAUCAUCGCCUUCCUUUCAUCACGCCCCAUUGAAGCUGCAAAGGACAAAGUCGCAGCAGCUGCUCCGAAGGAUCGGACGGCUCCAACUCUUCCCGAAUCCCAAUCCGGUUAUCCUUGAUCGUUGCUUUGCCUCGUGCGAUGAUGAUGACAUGGAGGCGAGGAGGCUUCUGCAGGAUUUUACCUCCGUCUGCCAGGUCAGCUCGCUCGACGCGAGCGUGGAGAGACUUCUGGUGGACUUCUUCGUCUGCAGCUUGUUCAGCCGGCGGCGGAGAUCAGCGGGGCUAGAACAACAAGAUGAGGAAGCACGGCGACUGAUUUUGGUAGCGAGGGAGUGGAUGGAAGGGGGGAGGUGGUGCGGCGCCGACGACUGCCAUGGGGAAACGACGACUCUGAGCCUGAGGGAGAUAGAAGAGGGGGAGAAUGGAUGGUUGAGAUGUGAGGCGGCGGAGGAGGAAGUGGCGGUGGGUCUGGAGGGCGUUCUCAUUGGGUUGCUGAUGCAAGAGCUUGUGGUGGAUUUGGCAAUGAGCUGAGUCUGAGUCUGAGUAGUGGAUUAAUUCGUUUUUAGAUUAAUUAGCAAUAAGUUGGGUUGAGAAGAGGCAAGCGAGACAAUUUUGAGGGAGGAAGAGACGAAUGCUAGCUGAGCCUGAGUGAGAGAUCGAUAUACAUGCUUCAAAAGUUUAUGAACAUUAUUAGUUUGAAUCAAGAUCGAGGAGCUCGAUCUACUUGAAUUGGCCUUUCUUAGUGUGUGAAAUCAUGAUCACUAAUAUUUGUUGUUGGGUACCUUCGUAAGUAAGUUAGAUUUAGAGAACUUGUCAUCGAAUUGAAAAGAUUUAAAUUUAUAUAAUGAUAUUAGUUAAA